CAUUAUGUUGGUUUUUUGUUUUUUUUUGUUUUGUUUUGGGUUUUACGUCACAUCGACACAGUAUAGGUCAUAUCGCGACGUUCCAGCUUUACGGUGGUGGAGGAAGACCUCAGGUGCCCUUCCGUGCAUUAUUUCAGGCACAAACGGGCACCUGAGUAGAACCACCAUCGUUCCGUAAGCUAGCUGGAUAGCUUCCUCACAUGAAAGAAUCCAAAGUCCCUGUCUGAAUCAUUAUGUUGGUUUUGUCAUGACGCGGCUCGUAACUAUUUCUUAAAAAAUGGAUCUUGUAUAAGGAAAUUUUAGGAAUGUAAUAAGUUGCUCCUUUGUAAUACAUAUCAUCUACGGUCAACAUCUAAAGCCCAUAACUUUGGCAUGAUUUGGACAGAAUUAUGAACUGUUUUGAAGAUAAAAUAGCUACUUUUUUGCUAAGGUAUUUACUUGAAAAUUAUCUUUAAGGUCAUAACUUUAACAUACUUGUAGUAACUAAAACUAUUUAAAUAUCAUGACACUGUCAUAUAUAUCAACUGAAAUAUGGCCAUAAGUGUAAUAACAAAACUAUGACAUCACUAUCUAAGAGCUUUAUAUGUAUGUUUGUGUGCUUCCAAUCAAUUAUGAUAUAAUUAUUCUUUUCAUUCACAUUCCCAUUGAAAAAUAUAUUUGAUAUUUUCCUGUGAAAAUAUCAAAUAUAAUUUCACAGUCAACUGAAAAGCAUGUACAUGCUGUAAUGAAUCAUCUCAUUGCUGUAAUCAGUUGGGCACUAGGAGAUUUAUGCAUGGAUUCAUAGGAGGGGCGUAGGGGGUCAAAUGACACUUCUCUCUCCAUGAUUUGGGCACUUUCAGUAAAAAUCACAGUGGCAGAAAAUUCAUGACGCAUGGCCUCCUUAGAAAAUCUUAGACAAAAACUUGAUAAUGCACCUUCCGUGGUCGAGGGGUUAGAGUCGAUGACUUGUAAUCCAGUUACCUCCCUGGCGUGGGUUCGAUCUCCGGGAGAUGCUUUGGUAGUUUAGCAUGGAGGAAGGGUAGUCUAGUACUGGUGUAACUGUCCAGAUAUGAUGGUUAAGAAACUACCCGCCUAUAUGACUUAAAUAAUGUGGCAACAAAUGUUCAAUUUAUAUGAUUGAUAUUUACAUUACUAAAAGGUAAUCAGGCCAUUAAGAGUAUUACAUUUUAUUACAUUUAUGGCUUUUAAUUUUUACUUAAAAAAAACCCAGCCAAAUAAUGUAAUGUUUAAGCUUGGUAACUACAUGUUUGGGAAUAAAAAACACAUUGAAUUUGUAUAAUUUUUAUUUUCUUGAUAACUGUAGAAAAAUGGCUGAAUUUGGAGAUUUGACAAAUCAGGAAGUGAUCAGCAGAUACCGGUUAGACAAGGAUGGCAUUAUGUUUCUAACUGAACUGCUUAGAGAAGAUCUGCAGCCAAAAACCCUGAAGAAAAAUGCCAUCACACCUUUGCAGAAAGUAAAAAUUGCUUUAAGAUACUUUGCAUCUGGAGAGAUUCAAUUGAAUGAUGGAGACAUACAUGGCAUAUCACAGCCAUCAGUGUCAAGAUGUAUCUCACAAGUUAUACAUUCAUUGAGUAGACCUCAUAUUGUACAAAGAUACAUAAAAUUUCCCAAAACACAACAAGAAUUACAAGAUUUUGAAAGGGAAUUUUAUGGCACAGCCAGCUUCCCCAAUGUGUUUGGUGUUAUCGAUGGCACUCACGUGCAACUUCAAGCACCAACACAGAAUGAAGAGGUGUAUGUUAACAGAAUGAAUUAUCAUAGCAUCAAUACUCAGGUUGUUUUUGAUCCCAAUGAUCGAAUAAUAGAUAUGGUGGCAAGAUGGCCGGGAUCUGUCCAUGACAGCCGAAUUUUGAGGGAGAGUGGUGUUUGGGGAUUAAUGGAAGGUGGUGCGGGUCAUUUUCCACCAGGUGACCACUAUCUUUUAGGUGAUAGUGGUUAUCCAUGUAAAAGAUGGCUCCUCACCCCUUACCUAAAUCCCCAGCCAGGAUCACAAUCUCAGUAUAACAGGGCACAUAAAUCAACAAGAGCCAAAGUUGAGAGAGGCAUUGGCCAACUGAAAAGGCGCUGGGGUGUCUUACAUUCCGAGAUUAAAAUGAAUCCAGAGAAAGUAUGCAAGCUGAUUAUAUGUUGUGGAGUAUUACACAACUUAUGCAAAUCCAGAAAUAUUCCAAUGCCAUUAGAUAUUUUGCAUAAUGGUCAAAUUCAACCUCAAACUAUAGUGCAAAGUGGUCCUCAGGAUGGUUUGAGGUACAGAGACUAUGUUGCAGCAACUUAUUUUUGAAAGUUUGUUGAGUUCUUGUUUGGAUUUGCAACAUAUUUCACAGUGGUUGGAAGACUUUGAUGUGAAGUGUGACUGGCUUUUUGCCCUCACUGGCAAUUGAGACCUGCAAAUAAUAUAAAUCAGUUUGCUUGUUAAUCAAUACAUACUUUACUGAAACUAUAUUUUGUGCUUCCUGAAAAGGAGAGAGCCUAAUAUCAUCACAUUUUCCGCCCGCCGUUACAUGUGUCCUGCAGAUCCCUAUUUGAACUUCACAUAUUGAUAAAGACAAGUGAGAAGAAGUGACUUAUCAAAGAACCAUACUAGCACCUUACUUAACUUUUUUUAAUUUAACUCUACUGAUUAUACUAAACACUGACUGUCCAGAUAUGAUUUUAAGCUAUCAAUAAUAUUUCAAUGUAACUUCACACAAUAAUAGUAGGUGCUGGGAUACCAGUGAGAAGAAUUGAAGUAUAAUUUAAACUUCAGCUUCA